AUGGCGAACAAAGCGGAACUUGAGAGCCUCGAGAAGAAAAUCCAGGGGAAAACCCGUCUUCUCGAAUUUAUCAGUGUGGAAACCAACGAGAUUUUAUCAAGAAAGGACAAAGUGUCAAUCGAGAGACAACUGGGAAUAUACGAGAAAAAGAUUACCGAGAUUCAUGACUUGAAAUGUGAGGUACAAGAAUUAAAACUAGAGGAUGAGGUCGAACCAACAGAGGUUCGUUUGUGGAGCAACAAAAUCAGUGAGAAAAUCAAGGAAUUUGAGCCAGUUAUCGCCGAAUUAAAGGGAGUUUUGACAGAAAUAAAGCAGAAUGAUUGGAGUGAGGAAGAAAAGGUCUUGUUGUUGGCCAAACAAAAGCUGUUCGCGCAGGAAGCAGAGUUUGAACAGGCAAAAUUCGAGGAAAGAAUCAAACAAGAGCGAAAAUUGGAGGAGAUAAAGCAAGGGCCUAAGUUAUCAACAAGCGUAGGGGGUGAGGUAUCAAGCAAGGUAAAGCUUCCUAAAUUGAUUAUCUCCAAAUUUCAAGGCACUUACAUUGAUUGGUUCAGAUUCUGGAACCAAUUUGAGGCAGAAAUAGACAGGGUAAACAUAGAUGCAGUAGCAAAAUUCUCAUAUCUGAAAGAACUUUUGUUGCCAAAGGUGCGAGUGAAUAUUGAGGGUUUACCCUUCAAUGAUUGUAACAAAGUCCAGGAAUUUGAGAAAAGGAGAGACAUUUUACGGCAUAAGAGAUUAUGUUUCAAUUCUACUGGCUCGAAUUUUACUGAGUGUCAAGUGAAAAGAGGAUGUAGAAAUUGUCACAACAGACACCAUACAUCCGUAUGUGACAAAAAGUCAAGAGAUAGUAAGACCAGCCAGCCAAACCAGGUGAUGUUGGCCACAGGGGCACAAGGAAUAAUCUACUCAGUGGUGGUAGUGAAGGUAAACGGGAUAACAUGCAGAGCGCUGCUGGACACAGGAGCAGGCAGCUCAUACAUAUCAUCAAAGCUGGUUGAUAUUCUCAAGAUUAAACCAGUGACAAGGGAGUAUCGUCAAAUAGACAUGAUGAUGGCAACGGCAAACCAGAGAAUUGACAUCUAUAGUGUAGAGGUCAAGAACCUGAGAGGCAAUUUCAAGUUGGGAGUAUCUGUCAGUAAAGUAGAGAGAGAGCUGUUAUUAUCACUGACAAAUCCAGAGUACACAAAGAUUUUAAGAAGGUAUCAGCAUCUAAACGGAGAAGAGAUGGAUGACACGGAUGAUAAAGCAGAGCUACCUAUCCAUCUAAUUAUAGGUGCUUCAGAGUAUGCUAAGAUUAAGACAGAAACAAAACCAAGGCUAGGAAAACCAGGAGAGCCAGUAGGAGAGUUAAUAAAGUUUGGAUGGACAAUCAUUUCGCCAGGAUCAGAGGUAGAAACAGAACAUUUGUUCUUUGCCGGUUCAUCAAGAGUAGAUUACGACAAGCUCUGCAGCCUUGAAAUUUUAGGAUUAGGAGAGAGAGAGGUGGGAAAUCAGUCAGUCUUUGGGGAGUUCGCGGAGCAAUUAGAGCAGAAACCUGAGGGGUUCUUUGAAACAGGCUUGUUGUGGAAAGGAGAUUGUCCACAUUUACCAGACAAUAAAGCAGGGAGUCUAGCUCGUCUAGAAAAGCUUAUCAACAGAUUAAAAAGGGAUCCAAAUCUCUACAUGAAGUAUGACCAGAUUAUUCAAGACCAGAAAGAGAAAGGCAUUGUAGAAGUGGUGGACCAGGAGCCAACAGGAAGAGCAUUUUAUCUCCCACACAAACCAGUCAUAAGAGAAUCAGCAGAAACCACCAAGAUCCGGAUAGUUUUUGACGCAUCGGCCAAGACAAGUAGCAAUGCGGCAUCCUUGAAUGAUUGCCUGGAAACAGGACCCCCAACGCAAAAUCUCAUUUGGGACAUUUUAGUCAGAAAUCGGAGCAGACCAAUAACAUUAGCCGGAGACAUGAAACAAGCGUUCCUACAGAUAAGAGUGAGAGAGGCCGAGCGGGAUGUCCUACGAUUUCAUUGGGUGACAGACAUGGACCGGAACAGAAAGGAGACUCUUCGUUUCACACGAGUCUUAUUUGGAUUGUCCCAAUCGCCGUUUCUUUUAGGAGGGACCAAUGAGCAGCUCCUCCGCAGUAAGAAGAGUGUAUACCCAGAGGAAGUUGAAGAAAUUCGACAGAGCAUCUACGUUGAUGACCUGCUGUUAUCAGCAAACAGACCAGAGGAACUAGAGGAAUUAAAGGGAAGAACAGUGAAGAUUUUCAAUGCAGCAGGGUUCGAGUUGCACAAAUGGCACUCAAACGAUCGAUCUCUAGAGAGUUUCCAAGAGGAAAUAGAUCAAUGCAAAGCCUCAAGCCAAACGUAUGCCAAGCAACAAGUUGGUACAACUAGUGAUGAGACAAAGCUGUUGGGGUUAGCAUGGGACAAAAGGGAAGACACCCUAGCAAUCAGCUUUCCAGAGAUGCCAGAGAGAGUUACAAAAAGGACAGUCCUUAGCGGACUUGCUUUAGUGUAUGAUCCCUUGGGGAUAGUUUCACCAGUACUCCUCACAGGGAAGAUAAUAUACCGAGACAUAUGUGAAGAAGGAUUAUCAUGGGAUAAAGAGAUAACAGACCAGUUACAAAAAAGAUGGCAAAGAUUCAUCAAGUCAUUACCUGAGAGAAUAGAAAUACCACGAAGCGUGACCCCAGCGAAAGAGUCGGUCAAAGGCAUAGAUUUACAUGCAUUCGGUGAUGCAAGCGGCAAUGGGGUAUCAGCAGCUGUUUACGCUGUGGUAGAGCAAGAUUCAGGCAUUAACCAAGGGCUGUUAGUAUCAAAGUCAAGACUUGCAAAAAAGGGACUUUCCAUUCCUAGGCUAGAACUAAUCUCAGGUCAGAUGGCCGCAAAUCUCAUCGAUAAUGUGAAACAAGCACUUAAAGGAUAG